UUUCGACCGCCGAUCUGUACGAUGCCGGCUCCGGUGGGCAGGUGUGUAUCGUGCUCGUUCAGUGCAUUUUGUCAGUAAUGUUUGUGCCUGUCUGUUAAGUGCCCUCUCGGGUUUUGGUGCAGAGGAGCCGUUAAAUUCAAUUCGGGUGCACUAUGCACUUUAGAAGCAAAAGUUACUGUUACACCUUAUUGUGUGUGUACUUUAAAGCCGGUGGUUAAUACGUUACGUGUUUUACGUGUAGAUUAUCGGGGUUUUAUGAGGAUCGUUUCUCUUUUUUUAGUGUUGAAUCAUGACCGUUGUUGAUGUUAGUGUCUGUGAUCAAAACUAAGUUCAACGAAGCCGCCGUCGCUUCCAAUGAAUGGCAUGACGUGAUCUGGAUGCUUUUUCAUGUGUAUAGAGUGAAUUUUCAUGAUCAUCAGGAAAUAGCAAAGUGAGCGCGAAUGUAGUCAGAAGAAGAGGCAGCAGAAUAGCCGAGAGUUAGCUCCGGUGUGGUCGAACGUCUGGUGGUCCACAAACACAGACAUACAGACACACACAGGCGUGCGAAAGGGGGGUGGUGAAUGGUGGUGCAAAAAUGCCGUUUGUGCAACGUGUAGUAACCCCAAAGUAUGUUGCACGGUCGACCAAACCGUCACACUCACGUGGCGCCGUUUCACUGCCGGUUCAGGACUAUGAGCUGGAAGCGAUCACCAACCUAACCCUCAGCAAUGCCCUUCGACAGCUGGCCUCACUGGUGCUCAUCUCGAACCAGAUCUUCACGGAGCUCAACAAGGAGCUGGCUAGUGUGAGUGAGCGAUCGCUCGGGAUAAAGCAGCGGAUCGACAAUCUUUCGACGCGAGUGGAGGAAUUUGACCCAAAGCAAGUCACAGUCCCUGAAAGUGAUUUGGUCACGUUCUCCCAGAUCAAAAACCACCACAGUACAAAAUACCGCAUCGAGACCUGCCUGUUUACUGCCGAUACGCGAUCGGAUACGCUCCAGCAGCUGUACGAUGCGGCCGCGAAAACGCCAGUGCCGGCCAUCGCCGAGAUGGACCGCAUCCUGGGCCAGGACGGCACCAUGCCGGGUCGCCGCAGCUCGGACGCCUUCCUGUGCACGCCGGUGCUGGGCCAGACGCGCCGGAAGCUCAAGGCCAAGGUCGACAUGGACAUCGAAACGAGACUGCCCUCAGCGAUCGAUGACUUGAGGAAGUGGACAUCAAUUGAAGCUAUCGGUGAUAUAACAGUUCCUCCGGACUGCACGGCCCGCGUAGCAGGCAACAGCAGUUCGGCCAACCUGGCUGGCAACAACACUACGCAGAAUGGAUCACCCUCGUAUCAGGCUGGAACGAGUGCCUCGUUCGAUGAAACCGAUGACAUCAUCGUGGUCGACCGGAGCACCCGAGGAUCGGGUCGCGAGCCGGACAUUCCACUUGAUCACAGGUUACCAUCGCCGGAGGAGCAGUGCCAGAUGAUUGCGCUCAAAUUCCCUGCGGAAACCAUCAAAGUGGACACCUCCGGGCGACGGUUCGAUCGCAUGUGUACUACCAGGAAGUCUUUGCUGCACUUUGUGUCCGCAGCAGAGCACGCCGCGGAAUCGGGAGCAGCUGGUGCCGCUGGCCAACCGGACGGAAGCGACGGUGACACGAUCCGACGACGAUCCCGACCGCGACGAUCGAGGGGCAAACGACGUAACACGAUCGCUGGAACGGACCAGAAGGAAAUUGCGGAAGUGGUCAACAAUGGGGACGAUGCCACUACUUCCUCUACCAUUUCUACUAACCUGGUUCCUCGUAGCAAAUCAAGUGACAUACUUAAGAAAGAAUCUCCAUCGACGACAGUGGAAAGCAUCAACACUUCCAAGAACAGCAUUAAGCUAUCGCACUUUAACUCACUCAAGCAGUGGGGCCGCAACCGACUGCGCAUGAUAAACAACCGUGACUCGAAGGACAAAGUUCAAGAUAUUGAUGACUUUAAUAUCUCUGAUACGACUAGAAACAGUAAACGCAAGAUUUCUGACAAAGAUGUGAAACUUUCGCACGAACGAAAGCCUUCCUACUCUUCGUCAGAGAGGAGCAUCACUGUGCACACUUCCAACGCCGGUGCCACCGGUACAAGCAUGCCCGCGUCGAUCAACCCGGUGAAGCUGCGCGAAUCCUCGUCGAUUCGACGGCAGCGACGAACUGCUCUUGGCAAUAAGGACGAACCGCACUCGUCGAGUGGAAACUGGAGCGCCAGUUCCGAGUCCGGCAGGACAUCCAUCGGCAGUGAAAUCACGACAACCACUCAGCCUAAAUCAAGUGCCUCUAGUACAUCGUUGAAUCAUAAUCACCACACGGUAUCCAGCGGUCCUCCCAGCUCCAUCAUCAGUAGACGUAGGUUCUUGAACACGUCGGCGUCCAGCAGUGUAACGAGUGAGGGAACCGCCACCCCUGACCUACAAAUGUACGAUUAUCAUGACGAAGGUGGUGAAACAAGCUCGGUGUACUCGUGUGACACAGAAGGAUACUACACUUCCUUCCACGUGGACUCUGGCUUGAAGACCCUCAAAGAAGAAGAACCGGCAACGCCUCUCCACUCAACAACCGCUCUUUCAAGUACAACUUCGUUCGAAAGUUCGGGCAAUCAAACGGUCAUUUCUCCGGAAAAUGAGUACGAGCUGUUUGGCAAAGGGUCGACAUCCACCACCACAAGCUCCGCAGGGACAAUCUGUACAGUUUUGGCGGAUGGACAACGAAACUCCCUAAUCGGACCGGCAGUGCCAGAACGCAAGAGUUCACUCACUAAGUUGAACCGUAGUAAUAGCACGGCUAGUAAUGGAACGCUGGAACGAAGCUAUUCCAGCAGUACGGUCGGUAGUACGCUGGAGAGGACGGGAACAAUCAAGCGAAAUGGAAACUUGCUGCAAAAAGAAGUGGCAGCAUUGAUUCAUCAGGAGGAGGAGAAUAAGAAGAAUCGAAUCGAAUCACCUGACAGUGGAAACAAUACGAGCUCUUCUCCCAUUGAAUCCAAUGCUAAUUCAAGCCCUACGCAACGUGUACGGAGCGGUUCCGAAUUUGAGUAUUCCGAAUCGUCGGAUCUGGAGUGUGUCGAUCGAAUCGAAAGAAUUCGCGAAAAGACAACAAUCAACACUAGCCGAAUUCCAUCGAUGUGCAUAAUCACACCGACAAACAGUGACGAUGAAAAUGGAUCCUUGAAGCGAAAGAAGGAAAGACCCGCAGAGACAUCCCAAAACGAAUCAUUCGAUUCCAAGAAAGAUUCCAGCAGUUUCAAGAAAAACACUUUGCUCCCGUUGAACAGCAUGUUUGGCAAGCUGAGGGGAGUGCUGAAGAAGUCCCCCAGCAAGGACGCGUCGAUUACGGAAAACGUAAACACCGAACCCAUUUACGACGUGACCGGCGAGUACGUCCGAAUCGCCGACGUAAAGAGCAGCAAAAAACCACAGCAGAGCAGCGGUGUUUACUAUUCAAACGAUGUGGUAAAACGCAAUUUGGCCACGGUUCUCUCGGGAAAUUUGAACGAAGAGACCGAGUACGUAUCGCUGAAUGAACUGCCGUGCAACAUGCGGUGCGAGAGUAAUGCUGCUCUCUCCAACUCCGACAAGAACGCCACCCCUCGCGGAAGCGGAAAAGCACAACACAACACGAGCAACGACAACGAAGUAGGGGAAAAGGCAUCGACGACGAACGAUACGAAGAGGGGUGCACGCGUGAAACUGGAUGCGCACGGCAAGGUCAUCUACAGUUCGGAUAGUCUGAAGAGGAGAAAAGGUGCGCACACCACGUUUGCGCCGGGUCCAUUUGUGAAAGACGUACAACCGACGACAGCCUCCUCCUCUGCUUCCAGUGCUGUGCCAGUAGUGGCAAGCAUUCCCAACAUAACUACGACACCAACAACUACGACGACGACAAACACGUUGGAAGAGAUUCGCAAAAAGGAUGCUGCUCCUGCUGCAUCGUCUCCAUUGCUGAGUGGAGGGCUCACAAACAGAAAAUCAAUCGUAGUGAAACCAGUGAUAUCGCAAUCAGCGCUGAAAACAAAAGCAAUUCCACAGCUCAUCAACAGACCCAACAAACUAGCUGCUGCUGCACGGAUGGCCCCAAUUGUCUCCAUUCUACCACACAGUGCCGUACAGGAAAACGAACAGCCAUCCCCAGCAUCGUCAUCUUCAUCAUCGUCAAACAUCAUGUCGUCUGGUGUUCUUAAGGGUGCUUACGUUAAUGUACAAACCUCAAAACCUUCGUCCACUCAACCACAACCGGUACAUUACAUGGAACCAACAAUGCUACAAAAUCAUCACCAGCAACAGCAACCGUUACAGUAUCGAACAGAUUAUCAACAUUCGUCCCUUGAAGAUUACGUUCAACCGUACGCUUACACUCUUCCUCGGCGCCCUCUGAUGCCACAACAGCCAAUGGAGCGGCCAACAGACCCAAAUGCUCAUCACAUGGCAAGACCACACUAUGGCUACGGAAACCCGGUCGGCAGUGCUACUGCUGCAAAUCCGUUCCAGAGAGGAAACGACAUGUACUGGACGCUCCAAACACGGCGCAGGCCAACUCCUAUGAAUACAUUUGCGGCUGCUUCUCGUGACGAUUCAAAGCUUCUGCAACCGGCACUUGCACGACCCAUCGAAGAACUAUAUUCAACGCCAAACAAGAUAAAAUCAAACGAGUUAAAAACUACACCAACUGGGUUUGCUGCAUAUUUCUCUCCGAUUGCCAAAAAUAAUGCUGGGGCAGCUUUAGGUGAUGAUGUCGACAGCAGUCUUAAGAUCUCUCCAAUUGAUCCACGAAACUCCGUUCCUUUCAAAACAUCAACUCCCUCCAAGCCUAACGAGACAUCAAUGUCGCCAUCCAGAGCCUCACUUUCGGAAGAGUUGCGAAACAAAUUACGACUCCAGCACGGAGGCAUUAGAUCUCACGGAAAUUCUCCGGUCAGCUCUGGCAGAUCAACGCCAAAGAACGUGCUCGAAGCCCAGCCCCCGCGUGGUCGCCACAGUUGGGCUUCCAAUAGCACUGAUAUUGGACAAACAUGUUCGGAUCGUCUGGGGACGCCAAAGACGAGUCUUAUGGAUUUCAAGAAGCUACUGUUAGCCCACGGUUCCAAAUCAAACAUAUCUCAAACAGGCAAAUUAUCUGCCGUUGAGUUGCUAAAGAAAUCGAAGGAAGGUUCUGCUGUUACAAUCGCAAAACCUGUGAUUCCAGCUUCAAAACCUUCAGCCAAUAGCAGCUUGAACAUUUUGGACCUGUCCGGAUCUCCAAAGACCUUCGCAACUCGGCGGAUGAUUCGCCAGGGAAACUUUGGCAAUAGUUCUCCAUCGAAAAUUGGAAACAGUUCAAAAUCCAGGGGAGUUUGGCGGUACAACAACAUGCGAAGUGAGGUGAUGUCCACCGCGAUUCCGGAAGUGCACAGUGAAGAAGAUAAUUCUAGUCCAAGCAACUCUACUUCAGUCAGUCGCUCCCAAUCUCAGAGCCGAAACACAACUCCAUUGGCUAGUACGAACGACGUAAGCUCCCCUAGUGAAUUCGCAGAGAGACAUUUACCAGAGCAGAAGAUGUCCAACAUUCGGGAUAACAUUUUUCUACAAGAGGAUGAAAACAACUUCAUGAAGUGCGAGGUAGCGACUCUGACGCAGAAACUAACCUCACCGGCAACAACUCGGGCUCAGCUGCAAGCCCAAAGGGCCCAAUUUCUCAGCAAUAACAAUCACAUAAAAUCCGCAACAUUCAAAGAUGGUCACUACAUGGGACUGAGCAGCUUUGCCACAACCCCACCGAAGAUGAACGAGGUCAAUUACAACAACGAGGCAGGAUCAAACGAAGAUCAGCAACGACACUCACCGAAACCGGCGGCUCCGUCGCUGGAGACUGCUCUAUAAAUUUCUUUGCUUGAACAAUUGAUCAAACCUAAAUGCCAAAAGAGAAAUACACGCAGGAUCAAUUAUGAAGACCAACGGACUAUUGGAAUAUAUCAAAAGCAAAACUAUAUAUUAUUAUGGAUAUGAUUUCUGAGCUGCAAAAUAUUUUAUCAUUCAGCAAUGAAACUUAGGCCGAUACCAACAAAUUUAAUCUAGAUAACGAUUUCCUUCCAAAUGAAAAGAUGGUUUCUAUAAUAUUUCAUUUGUAAAGCUUUUCAUUGGUGUUUAUUGCCAUGCCAAAAAAAAUACUUAGCUCUGCUUCAUAUCAGUCGGAAACACAUUUUCGCAAAUCAUGAAUUUAGAAGAUUUCAAUUGUUGCAAUUACAAAAAAAAAAAUCAAUUGCAAUGGUUUCGGCAUGUUGACCCCAGUUUUUUUUUUUAGGUUUUCAUUCAAACAAUUUUCUGUGCUAAUCAAAUCAUGGAGACAUGUAAUCAUCAGUUUAGUCAUAAUGCCUUGUAUUGGUUCUUGUUGAUUAAUAUAUAUGCAUAUUUAUAACAUUUAUUUAUUUAUUAUUUCAUAAAACACAAUUGCUCCGGUGACGAGCGUGACAUCGAACUCUGAGAAGUGACAUUCUACAAAUAAAUAAGUUUUAUCAUUUUUAUCAACACUACUUGCCUUGAACAUUACAAUAUCUGAACGAAAGGAUGAACACCUCAACCAUAAAAAAACAGUUGCAGCUAUUUCUAAUUAUUUAUUACAUAUUCAAGACAAAAUCUUUAAUAUAAUAUAUUUAUAAAGCUAUAACGUAUUGUAUUCAACAGAUCAGACAUAUAAUAUAUAAAAUGAUACUUUAAUUUAUAAUUAAAACGAAAUGUUACAAGCCACAGAAAAUCCAGUUGAAAGAGGCAAUACUUCAUCACACAUACACAAACGCGUAGGUUAUUUCUAUACAUAGUAAUUCAUGCAGAAACUUUGAAGAACCAGCUCUCCAGGAAGGUUGCAGAUUUCGUCCAACUAGAGUAUAAAUAAUAACUUGACGCUCUUAAUUUCAAUGUUUUGUUUAGGUGCAUUUUUUUCACCUUGACUGUUUUAGCUACAUUUACGAUCAUUUUACACAUAAUUUAUUUCUGUGUAUGUAAUAGACAAUUAAAUAAAAGAUUUGUUACAUAUGAAA